CUCAUCUUGGCUCCCUUCUUCCUGCAGAGUCUCCAGUUCCCCCGUGCUCUCUCUGCGCUGCUCCUGCUGUUUCCGGUUUUUCUGGAGAACUCCAAAGCUGCAGAGGAAGGAGGCAGCGGCCAUUCUGAUUCUACCACCGUGAGCCUUCUCUUCUGUCUGCUGCUGCUGCUCCUCCUGUUACUGUUCUUAGCUUGGCGUAGACUGAGCCGUGAUUCGCAAGGGAGGUACCAUCCCCGACGUCUGAUAGGAGUCUUGAUCCACCAAUGGCAAGCAUUCAGGGGGGAGCUGCCUCCCGAGGAGCUGCCCCAGGGCUACCAGGAGGAUGAGGAGCAAAGAGUGGAAGAGCUUGAGGAGCCAGAGCAGCAGGAGGACAUGGCAGCAGAGAAGCAACAGCAGAAGGACAAGCAGGAGGAGGAGGAGGAGCAGCAGCAGCAAAGGCAGGAAGAGCUCAAUAAGAGCAUCCACUCUGAGCCACCUGAAGAGGCUGAGCCACAGCAGCCUUCCAAGGAAGAGGGCACAAAGGCAGCAGAGGGCAGUGCCGAGGCCUUACUUAGUGAUCUACAUUCCUUCUCUGGGACAGCAGCCUGGGAGGACAGUGGCAAGCAUUUCCACAUCACCACCCUCUAGAAGUAUCACAGCCAG